UGCCAUGGAGCUGAGUGUGUCUCGUCACUCCGGCUCAUUCACAGUGAAAGGUUGUGCUUUGAGGAUCAAAAAAGUCACGAGCCUGUAGAAAAAAGUUGGAAUUGUCGCCUAUGUGCCUCCUGUCCGGACGUGUCUGCCUCCCUCUGUCCCCACAAUGAGUGUCAGAGUAGCAGAGGGCCGUCUGCAGGUCCUUCAGAUCUACCGCCUGCUGCAGUGUGUUCAUGAUGGGGAUACAGUGCAGAUUGAGAAGAUGGUGAAGCUCGGGGUGGAAAGCGUCAUCAACCUCACUGAGCCGCAAGAUGGCACAGGGGUGCUUCAUGUGGCGGUUUCAGCCAAUAACCAGGACCUGGUCAGCUUCCUUCUGUCUCAGGGAGCAGACCCCAACAUCCAGGACAAGAAGGGCCGCACCCCAGUCAUGUUAGCUGCUGAGCUGGGCAAUGAUACCAUCGUGGCUGUGCUAGCGCAAAGCCGAGCGGACCUGAGGCUCCAGGAUGCUGAGGGCAAAGGUGUUCUCUUCUACUGUAUCUACCCCACCAAGCGCCAUAACCGCUGUCUGCAGGUGGCGCUGAAGUGCCAGGCAGACGUCAACAACGUGUCGGCGCAGGGGACUCAUGUCUUCCAGCAGAUGUGUGAGAAGGCUCAGCAGUGCACCUCCAUGUGUCUCAUCAUGCUGGAUAGUGGAGCAGAUCCCAGUGCAACAAACCAGGAUACUGGCAUCACAGCAUUGAUGGAAGCAGCCAAAGCUGGCUCCCUGCAGCUUGUGAGAGCAAUUCUCAAGAAAGGGGGAAACCCUAAUGCCCUGGACCAUAACCGUCUAACAGCAGUGCACUAUGCUGCAAUGGGGGGCUUUUUUGAGGUGAUCCAGGUGCUGUCUGCUUUCUCAGCAGACAUGGGCAUGAUUAACCUUGACGGCUGCACUCCCCUACACUAUGCUGCUGCCACGGGCAACGCAAACUGCUGCAAGUUCCUGGCACAAAGAGGUUGCAACCCCAAGCUAAAGAACCAUGAAGGUUUCUUGCCACGUCUGAUUGCCAAAGACGCUGGUCACAAAGCAGCAGCCAAGGAGCUGAGGAAAGCUGAGCGGCAACAGGGCAAAGGCAACAAAUCCAGCGGUGUCAGCCUCAUGUCAGGUCUCUGGGCUUUGACCCUCCAUGACUGGUCCCACGAGUAUGAGACUGAGUUACGACAAGCCUUUGGGAACAAAUCGGACACCGUUACCAAAGAUCUGUUCAUUUCAGUUUUGCAGAAACUAAAAGCCCCGGCUGAUGUGGACCAACUCCAAACAGUAAUAUCAGCACAUGACAAGAGGAAAGAGAGCUGUGUCAACAUUAAUGAUUUCAUCAAAGGUGUCAAGUACAUCAAGAAACCGUUCCUCCUCUCCUCUUACUUACCGAAAAAGAAAAAAGGGUCAAAAGGAGGAAAAGGGGGAGGAAAGAAGAAGAAAAAGAAAGAUAAAUUUGUCCUCCCGAUUCCAAUUUGCACCCUCACACCAGAACUCAUGCUCCGGCGGAAGGAUGGAGGUCCACCAGAGUUCAUGAUUGAGACGUACUACAACUGCUCAGACAGUCGACGCUUUGACCGUGACCACCCGCCAGAGCAUCCCAUAAUGAAUGACUCGGGGUGGUACGUAGAGAAGCCAGAGAAGAUCUUCGUGAACAUCAACUAUUGUGUAAAGAGUGGGGAUCUGGAGUCGUUGGACCUUGCUUUCAGUCAGGGGGUUCCUGUGGAUGUUCAAGAUGAGUUUUAUAAAACUCCACUGAUGGUGGCCUGUUCCAAUGGCAACUAUGAGGUGGCUCAGUAUCUCCUUAGCCGGGGGGCCGAUGUAAAUGCCUGUGACCAGUUCUCCUGGACGCCGCUGCACCACGCGGCUCGCGCUGGCCAACUGGAACUAAUGGAACUUCUGGUGGAGGCCGGGGCUGCUGUCGACGCCCAAGCUCUCAGUGGUGGCACUCCCCUCAUGAGGGCCAUCCAGAGCUCCAGACCCGCCUGUGUGGACUUUCUCAUCAAGGCUGGUGCCAGUGUUAUUGCAGAGAACAAGAAAGAACAAAACUGCCUUGACAUCGCUCGAGCUUUUGCAGACUCCAGGACAAUUGACUUGGUCAAAAACAAGAUGGAUUCUCUGCCUAAACCAAAGGAGCCAUCAAGAGGAAACAGGAGCAAAGCUCAGCAGCCUAAACCCUCCAAAGAGAAGGUCAUUUCAGCAACAGUAACUGUGCAAGCAGAGUCGUCAACUGCAACAGCAGGGAAGACUUCACAGAAGGAUUCUAACAGCACUAUCCUGCAGAACACAAAGAUCACAACAGGGAAAACCAACAUCAUGCAGACCACCUUUGUGCCAAAAACGGUCUGGGGAAAGCCGCCCACCACCAGCCAGCUGAUGUCAAAGAUAGAGAGACGGAAGGAGCUCUUGUCUCUCGAGAUGGACUUUGACGACUUCAUGAUGCCUUUCAGUCGGAACAUCCAGAGGACAACAGUGGAGGCAAAAACCACAGACUAGACACGAAGUAGGAGAGAGACACUCGGAAACUUUGAAAUUAAACUCAUAUUUUACCUCAGUGAGUUGAUCACCUGCCACAAUUAAUGGACAUUUCCCUCUCAUACAGAUCCUCAUUUUGGUAAAAAGCUGCGUAUCUUGAUACUCAGUAACGUGAAUAAUCACUGAUGAUAUAUCCAUACUCAAUAUUUUAUAUACAUAAUGUUCUUUAGGGACAGUUGUGUGUCCCUAAACCCGACAUGUCAAAACUCUGCUACUGAAUGUGAAUUCUUUAUAACUGAAUAUGGUAAUACUAAUACUGGUUCUUUAAAUCCAGAGCAAUUUGUCUAUCUGAAAGUAUAAGCCUCACUGCAGAGAUACUGAAAACUUUAAUCACAUUUACACUUUUCUCAGUAUGAUUUAUCAAAUGAUCUGAGCAGUUAACAGGCCCUAUUAGAUGAAUAUUGUAUGAAAUAUUCAAAGACUAGGAGAUUCAAGGUAUGGUUGAAGUAAAACUUGGAGUACACGGGUAAAAGUGUGCUGUAAUUAUUAAACAGUAGUGUAAGUAUCUACUGCAGUUUGACUCUGCAGUAUCUGGAGCUGCAGUGAGACAUGAAGACAGAAAGAUGCUGCUUUGGAGACUGAUGGCCCAAUUAUUCAUUUUCUUUCUUUCUUCUACAUUCGUUUUCUCUCACUUGUGUAAAAACAUGCACCUCUCUCUCUCCUUUAAGCGUGUGAAACCUGCAUCAAACCGUCGGACAGUAACGCUGUGGUGUUUGAUUUCACUACUGUUUCACGUCCAUGUGUCUCGAAUAGCCUUCGGUUGCUUUACACCUCCUCUGCUCUGCAGCUGAAUGCAGUUCCACAUUGGAGCCAGGGCAUGGCGCUGUUUGGCAAACUUAGCAAUGCAGGGGUUUGGUUGUUUAUAAAGGACAGAAAACUUGGUGGGAGCUCUUGUGUUUCAAGCACAGAUAGGCAUUAAAAUGGCAGCCAUGUGUUUACUGUUCUCAUAUAUAACAGUCACUCUGCUGCUGCUUUGCAAACUUGAAAGAGCAUUGAUGAUGAGAGAACACAACAUGAUAUUUUAGUGAUUUUUUUAUUUUCUCUUGGCUGUGUUCUGGUCCUGUUCUAACAUUUGAUGCGUAUCUGGAAUCAUAUGAGAGAAAAUAUCUGUUUGUGUGUUAAAUGCUGCGUUGAUGCAUGCGCCCAUCAUCGCUACUGCCAUCUCCAGAUAAAAUUAGAUUGCUCAGUGUCCUCAAGGUCCAUGGGGACUCGGUUAUAUAAUGAAAUUCACAGGCAGAAGGGGGUGGGGGUAGCAUCUUUGAAGUCUGUAAUACAGGGCCUGAAAUGUUCAAAUAAAAAUGCCAUUGAUGACGAGGAGAGUGAUGACAGUGAGGCAGACGAGGAGCAGGAGGAGAGAGGAUUGAGGUGGGCACGUGCACUCUGUAUGUAACGAUACACAAGACGAGAAGCAGAGACUGGGAGUGAAAAACAUCUAUGAAAGCCCAGCAGAGCCAUUCAUAACACAGACACAAGACAGGGGAGAGAGAGAGAG